AUGACUGGCAACGAGCCACGCAGCCCCGGACCGUCCAGUGAUCACGAAGCUGCCCCUCUCAUUGCCGAUGGGAAUCACGACCACGACGGAGACAGAGAUAGGGAGGGUAGUGCUGGGCGACGCUCACCACACCGCUCUGUCUCGAAUCGCUUGGCCGACGUGGUGCAGGAGCCCCUCACCAGUCUUACGAAGAUUCUGCUAGUCGAAGUCCUCGUCCUCCUUCUCAUAAGCUCCGUGUUCAUUGGGCUGUUCGCUGGUGCACAGCACAAACUCAAUCUGAGAGGCGGUGGCGGUGGUCCUGCUCCAGGUAAUGGUACGCAUACCGAAACAGAAACUCAGACCGUCAUACGUACCACUACACGCGGCGCUUCCACCGUGUUCACUGCAACUACCACCACUGCAGUAUCCACCGCUUUUUCCACUAUUUUUGAUAUCACAACCCUCACAGAGACUGCGACUAAGACAGCAACCACUACAGCUGUUUAUACCUCUAUCUCCACGUACACAACCACUGACACUAAGACACGCACGGUUAUCGUCGGUCCCGAACCCACUGGUCCCCCAGAAGCUCCAUCCCCGCCUUCUAAGUCAAUCCUUUCUGGCAUUGAUACCUCCCAUGAUCCUUGCGAGAGCUUGUAUGACUUCGCUAACGGUGGCUGGAUCGCGACGCAUCCGGUACCGGGCGAUAAAGGCAGCAUCAGUACCUUCUCCCUGCUCGCGGAGAAGAACUGGCAGGUGAUCCAACAGGUGCUCGAGGUCGAUACCGAGUCUUAUGACAAUUCCUGGGACGACCAACUACUCUCUAAGCUACGUGGGUUGUAUGCGUCGUGCAUGGACGAGGUGAAGCUUGAUUACCUUGGCGACCUUCCUUUGCAACGCUUCGUGAACAAUAUACGGAGAAUAUACAGGGGGCAGAGUUCAAAUCACGUUCUCACAAACCCUAGAUCUGGUUUGUCGAAUGCGCUUGGAUACAUGCACUCCAGGGGCGUUGACGCUCUCUUCGAGUUCUAUGUGGAUGGUGAUGCUGCCGUCGAUCCAAAUGAAAUGACCCUGUGGUUCAGCCAAGCAACCCUGGGUCUCCCUUCAAAGGACCAAGCUGUCCUCAGUGUCUACCAGGAUGUGAUCGAACGCUUACUGGUCGCCCUUCGUGAUGAUGAAAUCGUAAAUACCUCGGAAGAUGCCAGUCAACCAUCUGUCAUUCUUCAAGCAGAAGAACUGGAAGAUAGCGAGCGCGUUUGGCCUCCUUGGCCAUGGCCGCCGUGGGACGAUGAUGAAGAUGAUAGCAACAACGGCCAUGAUCGCAAGCCAACACAGGAUCCGUUCUUCCGAGCACAUGAGCUUUCACAGCAAGUUGUUAGGUUCGAGAGUGACAUUGCAGAGGCAACUUUGGAUCUUGAUAAGUUGCAACAAGACCCUUUUGGUACCUAUAACCCCACCAAUAUCAACGCGCUAAAGGCUGCCCUACCGCAAAUAAACUUCCCCGACUAUUUUGCCACAUUCACCCCUCGUUUCUUCCCCAGCCGUGUCAUCGUUACAUAUAAGCCAUAUCCUUCUUCCCUGUCUGAGAUACUGAAGCGCACUCAUCCGGAUGUCAUUGAAGCGUAUCUCGUUAUCAGGGCUGCGUUGGAGUACGCCCCUAAUUUGGGUACAACAACUGAAGCUUGGAAGGCAGUCAGGCAGUUGCGAGAGAACCUGGACGGUCUCCGUCCUGGAGCAAUAGGUGAAAGGACGGAGUUCUGCUUGCGCAGGGUCGAAUCAGCUAUGGGUUUCGCCACUGGAAGAUACUUCGUUAAUGCAACAUUCCCCGGAGACUCAAGAGGAAAAGCGUCUGAAGUCAUUCACAACAUCGUUUAUGCAUUUGAGCGGUCCCUGGAGCGCAUCGACUGGAUGGACGAGGAGUCGGCUCGAAAGGCGCGGGAGAAGGCCGAAGCGAUCCGCAGAAAAAUCGGGUUUCCUCUUUCACCAGACACUCGGGACCCUCGUUCUCUUGUAAGCUACUACACACUCGUCAAGAUUCACGAGGAUACUUUCUUCGAGAACAUGCUGAGUGCUGCCGCUUCGGAUGUAUACAAGAUGUGGCAGAAGCUUGGCAAACGAAGAAACCUGGACGAAUGGGAAAUGACUCCGGCAACUGUGAACGCCUACUACAACCCAACGGGUAACGAAAUCGUGUUCCCUGCGGGCAUUCUGCAACCACCUUUCUUUUCUUAUGGCUGGCCAGGUUACCUUUCCUACGGAUCGUUUGGCAUGGUUGCCGCACACGAGCUUACGCAUGCUUUCGAUUCUGCUGGUCGCCUCUACAAUCAGCAAGGUAAACUCGAAGAAUGGUGGACUCGCCAAACUAGCGACGCGUAUCAAAUUCGGCAAGAUUGCAUUAUCGCGCAGUACUCCAAAUAUACUGUGGACGAUGGUAAAGGGGGCGUUGUGCAUGUCAACGGCAACUUGACUGCCGGGGAGAAUAUCGGGGAUUCUGGCCUCGUGCAGGCCUAUCGAGCUUGGAAAGCUCAAUACGAAGAUUCGUAUGACGCUGGACACGAGUAUCUUCUGCCAGGAUUGAAAUACACAAGAGAUCAGCUCUUUUUCAUAUCCUUUGCUCAAACAUGGGCAAUGAAUAAUAGGCAUGCUGAUGCUGUGCAAAGGGUUCGUUCCGAUCCGCAUUCCCCAAACCGGUACCGCACGGAUGGCACCGUUUACAACAUCCCGGAGUUCGCAAAGGCCUUCAAGUGCUCCAAGAACUCCAAGUUGAAUCCGCCACAAGAAGAAAGAUGCGUAUUUUGGUCCUGA